GUUACCUUUCUGCGGGCAAUGUUUUUAUUUCUUAUACAAAUAAGCAACAAGGUUGUGGGAGCUCGAAUUUUUAAAUGACCCGCCCAAUAGAGCUGCCCCCUUUUAUAUAUCUAGCGGGCGUUGCCACAUGCCAGCAGCUCGGUUUUGUUGAUUGUUGUGUUGAGCCGGAGCAAAAAAGAAUCACCGAUAAAAGGAGAGAACUGCGGAAUCCCGAAAUCCCCGUCCUGAGGCGCAAUUUCCCCCAGCAAGGACAUGGCCAGCAGCAAGGAGUUGUGCUCCAUCAGGGAGUGGGCGCCGCUCACGGAGGUCAUUGAGCGCAUUCCGGCGCAUCUGCAGCGCGGCUUCUUUCCUUCGAAUCUCAAUCUUACCUGUGUGGACGCCACCGAGGAGUUCCUGGCCAUGGGCAGCGACGCGGGCAUCGUGUUCUGGUACAAUCGCUACACGGGCAAGAUGCAGAAGCUAAAGGCAGAGGUGGCCACUCGGAUUUCGUGCGUAAGGGUUGUCAACUCUGUGGAGUACAUGGUUGCGGCUGGGUGCGUUAACGGGCAGGUGAGCAUCUUCCAGAUACAGAAGGAGCUCCCACGGGACCUCGACUUGGUGGCUCCUUGCACCAAGAGUCGGCCCAUCGAGCGGUACACUAUCCGGGAUCUGCACAAGUGCGUGGUGAGCAGCUGCGAGUGGUCCAAAAAUGGGAUGAAGCUCUACUCCGGAGAUCGCCAGGGAGUGGUGGUGCUCACGGAAUUCGAUUACCAGGCGCACCUCAGCAAAUCGGUGGAGAUCCUGAGCGAGGCAUACGAGAUCGUACAGCUUAGCGUGCGGCAGAGCCACCUACUGGUGGCCACCCUCUACCGUUGCAUCGUAUGCCAGCUAGACGUGAAAACCUCGCAGUGGAACAUCACCCAGGUGGGAAAGAAGGAUCGCAAGCAGCUCAUCGACUGUGGGGCAAUCUUUCUGAAGAAACAAGAAUUAAAUAAGCCGCAACUAGUCUGCGGACGUCCUGGCCUGCGCUUCUGGGUGGCAGACACCGCUGGAAACGUGUCCAAAACAGUCCUAUUCAGAGAUGCCGUUCUGCGCAGUCCAACCUGGGAAAUACCUAUUCUAAACCCCAAGCAGCGCAGUGAACCGUCCAGUACCCACAACACGACUGCAUCCACAUCUUCAACUAGGUCUUCUGGACUAGGAGAUGGUGAUGUGGGCUAUGUGGCCAGCAGCAACUUUCGGCAGCUAUACCUGUACGAUGGCCACGACUCACUACUGGUAACUCAUGACGAUGCCACCUUGUACAUACUCAACUUGGAUCGACUCAAAGUAGAAGCCGUGGCUCGAGGAUUCCGAAAGAUCCUUGAUUUCUGCGUCUGUGGCAAAGAAAUCUUCGUGCUGGAGGGCGAUCGCACAUUGCUGCGUCUAGCUCCUUUGCCAGAACCACCAAACAAGACGGCCAAAGUUAUCUUCAAUCCCCUUAUGCCGCCUCCAGUUCCGGUUCUAGGCUCCCACCUAUCGCGACUGGAGUCGCCGAUGGAGCUUCAGCCAGAACAUGUGCUUCAAAACGCAGAGGAGUGUUUUGAGCUCUCACCUGUGGAGCAACUGAACCUGAAUGUGCCCAUUGAAAUAGCUGUGGAGUCGCCACUGGCUCAACAAAGUCGCCGCGAGGAAAUCUUCCGCCGCAUCGGAGAAAUGGAUUUCGAGCAGUCCAUUGUCCACACCACCCGCAAGACAUCCGUGGGCAAACCGCCAGAGGUCAGUGGUUUGGGAAUUGUUGAGAUUGGCCAUGAGACCCAUGAGCUUCGGCUGCCUCUUACCAAUGCCGCCACUCUAAUGGAGGCCAGCUACUGCCAAAUGGAAAACAAUGGUCUGGCCUCUCCACUGGACAUGAAGGCAGCCUUCCUUCAGCAUCUGCCCGAUGCGCUAAGUCCCACCACCUUGCAGAAGACCGUCGCGGAAAAGGCCAAGACACUGGCCGCCGAGCUGGAUCUGCCCGAGGUACAUCUGGCUCCGUUGUCCCAGGAGGAGCUCCAUGCUGUCCAUGUGCAGACUCCCCAACUAAGCGAUCCGCUGAUCAGGUGCUACCCCGCGCACCUGGAGGAGGCCAGUGUCCAAACAAGUUCGCGGGAAAAGCCGAUCAACCCAGCAGAUGAAUAUCAUGUAGGUGAGCCCGUGGACGGGAUACGGUCAUUUGGCGUCUCCAAGCGUAAAAUGGCUCCGCUUAAGUUCGUCAUAAGUCAGCCGAAGCCGACUCUGAAGUUGGAAGAGAACAGGGAAGAGGAGGAGUACACCAGUUUCCUACCCGACUUUAGGCGAGCUGGCGAUCCGCUGUGCAAGGAAACACCAGCCACCAGUGAUUCAAACACCUCCAGCGAGUGGGAGUUUUUGGACAACUAGUUCAGUAUUAGAAAUAAGUGCAUACUCAUUAGAUUCCAUUUGCAUUAUCGCACUUUAUUCUCUUUGUUUCUGUUUGCAAAAGUGUUGUGCUUAUCAGAUUGUGAUCACAGUGAUUUAGUUACUCUUUUUAGUGAAAUUUACAUAAAUGUACAUAGUGUUAGACGUAUACUGACCCCGCCCA